CGAGUACUAGCCCCUACACCCAGGAGCAGCAAGAGAAGAUGGCCGCCAUAGUGAGAGAAAACAGAGAGAGGAAGGAGCUCCUGAAGCAAGCGAAGUUGAAGGCUAUUGCAGAGCAGCAGCAAAGAUGAAGGAGUUGGAGGAGAAGAUGGAGAAGAAGAAGAAGGCUGCUGAAGAAGAAGCGGCAGCAGAAGCAGAGGAGGAGAGAAAAGGAAAGGGAAAGGAAGCAGAGAGCAGUGGCGCGAUGAAAGAAGUAGAGAUGGAGAAAAAAAUAAGUGAGUGGAUCGCUAAUUUAUCGUUGGGGGAAGAUGAGGAGGCAGAGUUCUAUGUCCCAAAGGACGAUGCGCUGGCCAGGGAGCUAGCAGCGAUGGAGGACCCUCUGGAACGAAGGGAGAGAGAAGAGGAGAAUAAAUUGGAAUGGAAGUUGAGGAUGAAGAGAGAGAAGAAGAAGAGGAGGGAGGAAGUUAAUAGGUUGACCGCGGAAGUAGCGAAAGUGCAGGAUUGUAGGCGAGAAGUGGGAGCACAGACAUAUAUUUUUGCCAAGAUGGAUAAGAUGUUGGGUUACCUGGAAGUGUUGAGUGCAGCCUGGAUGGAGGAGCGCCAGACCAGUUGGAGUCAGGAGGUAGCCCUGGGUGCCAUGCGGUCGGGAUUCAGGGAUUUUGCGCGCGAUAUGGUUACCCACGUUGGAGGGGAAGUUAGGAGAUUGAGAGAUAGCGUGGGGAAGUUCUGUGAAGGCGCCAUUGAGGGUGCCAAAGCCAUAGCCGCUGUAGAGGGAGAGGCCAGACCCCGCAAGGACCCAGUUAAGCUAAAGUUCCCAGAUGCAUACGGGGGAAAGAAGGAAGAAAACUUUGACAACUGGGAAGCCAGUGUCAACAGUUACAUCUAUCUACAGCACAUCCUGUUAGAGGAACAAGUCCUCGUGGCCUUCCAGGCCCUCAAAGAUGAAGCGACUAGUUUUUCCAGGUCUCUUGCGUGCGAAGCCGGUUGUGAAAACAACCUGGUUGCUUACUCUAAAGUUACCCCCCUUCCUCAAUUCCUCAAGCUCCUGAAGGAGCGAUUUGCAGACCCAACAAGAGGCAUUUGUGCCUCUGACGAGCUACAAACAAUCCACUCACGGCAGUGGAGGAGUGCGCGAGCACUCAAGGGCGUCAUGGACGACGUGGUGGCCGUCCCAGACCACGGGUGCCACGUCACAGUGCCACGCCAGCAGUGCCCCGCCAGCAUGACGGGCGCAACUCUGGGCAUGCCAGGCCAACUGGCCAACGAGUUUAUUGCCGACUACAAUCAGCGGUUCCAAACUCAGCUCGCACUGAUCGAGGCUGAGGAACAGCGCCAGCUGGCAGCCAAGGCUACCCGCCUACAGGCUGAAGCAGCGGCAACAGCUGAGAAGCAGCGGCUUCAGGCCGAAGCAGAUGCAGAUACCCAGGCACGCCGAAAGGAAGCCCAGGAUCUGCUGCAGCGGCAUGAAGCCGCCAGCAUCGAAAGACUCAAGUAUUGGCACUUUGAACCAUYUGAAGGRCACGACGACGCGACAYCGGAAGAGCRGCAYAGGGAAUUCAUGGCCAAAMUCGUGACUCGGUUGGUUUACACUUGUAACCACUUGCAGUCCGAGCUGGCGAAUAUGCAGCGGGCCAUGCGGAACCACAAGGCUCAGCAUGAGGAUGCAGCACGGGCACUUGAUUCCCGUAUGCAGGACUUGGAGCAAGUUGCACCAAGACCGGAGGCUGGCGAGUCCAGCAAUGCACCCUCUGCCCGCCAACUGGAGCAACUCGUCGACCACGUCAUCGCAAUGCUCAGCGACAUCAGCACCUUCGCUGCGCCAACCACUAUCAGCAAACACCUGGAUACCUUGAAGACCGAGGUUCAACAACUGCAGCUGCCUAACAAGGAUGGCAACAACACAACGCAUUAUAAGAUGCCGACAUUCCAAAUUGAGAAGUUCGAUGACUACACGCAUCAAGACCCGGUCCACUGCCACCUGGCAUCCACCCAUGGCGUCGACGUCGCAGAUCUGAAAGACAAGAUCUCAUGGGAAGAGUUAACACGGCUAUGGAAGAAGCGGUUCAUCGUGGACGACGCACCUGCACUCGCCAUCAACCGUUUCUUCGGCAUGACACAAGGCAACACAGCAACACGUGACAAGCUCACGGAAUGGCAGAAGAUCGCGACAACGCCCGGUCUCGACUUGCCAUUUUCGCAUUUGCGCCGCGAGUUCUACAAUAGGUCAUGUGCUGCAUUGAGCCUUGCACUUGGUGAUCGCGAGCAAUAUGCAACCUUCGCUGAAAUCAUUAACAAGGCGAGGGAGAUCAUCAAGACCAACAGGGCGGCACACGAGAAGUCAACGUGGCAGCCAACCUAUGUGGAGAAGGUGAAAAAUGGUCCGCGACCGCAGCAGUUCGCUGCAGUCCAAUCGGACAACAUUGUGGAAGACCCGACAGCCACCCAAGCGUCACGUGAGGGUGAUCAGGUGGCUGCUGUCCAGCCGCGAAGCAACAACAAGUCCCGAGGAAACGGGAAGGCGAAAACCGCAUCGCCGACCGGAAACGGACAGCCAGCACCAUGGGUCAAGUUUCACUUGACCGAGGCCGUGUACAAGUUCCGCGGCCGCUAUGGUUGCUGCUAUUGGUGCAAUAGCACCAAGCACAAGACCUCCCUCUGCCAGGAGGAUGUUCGGCCUCAUUCGGCCGCCUUGCUAGCGGCCUCCUACACAUCUGGGGAGGAUGCGAAUGUCGUAAGUUCUCGGUAUGCUUACGAGGACUAUGCUGUCCACUUCGUCCCACCGUUGGACCAACCACUUCACGUGCAACAAUCUACCGCAUGCACGGUUUCAUCACCAUCGGCAACCGAUUCGGCAGCUUCGUCGCCAUCUACCGCCGGGGAUUCAACGUUAUGGUCAAGACUUGAAGAGCUCGACCCGUUGACAUAUGCGGACUUCCAAUGGAUGCCCCUUCCCCGGUGUGGUCGAUUGUCGAAACCGCAUUGCAACGUGCUCAUGGCACAAUUGCGGGAUUACUUGCACACUGCAGUACCGACUCCGUUGAUGGACGUUGGAGUAGAGGUUGUCGACCUUCACGCCUGCAUUGCGAAGAUCGAUCGCAAGGUCAAGACACAACGGUACAAGGACAUCGACGCACCAUUGUUAUAUGUACGCAUUGAGAUCGGAGAGGCGACCUGCAGCGCUUUGAUCGAUUGCGGAGCAUCUCGCAACUACAUGAGCCAGGACUUUAUGGUACGCGCCGGCCUUGGCCCACGUGCCCGGAGGAAGUCCCAGCCGACGCAAGACACGUUGGCGGACGGUCACACGCACAAGUCAAUAGACCGGUGCAUUGAUGACGUCCCCGUAUACUUUGCCCCGCACGCGAGCGAGGCGGUGUCCUUCGAUAUUUUGGACGCCAGAUCUGACAUGAUCUUGGGCAUGUCAUGGCUGCGAAGCGAGGAUCACCCGGUGAACUUCUACCGCCGUACCGUUCACGUUCGUGAUCAGAACGGAGUACUAGUCCCAUGCACGGUAGCUCCUCCUCACCCUUCAAUCAGCUGUCACGUGGUGUCCGCCGCAAGCAUGCGAGCUUCCAUCAUCAGAGACGACAUCGAGGAGAUGGGGGUGUGUUUUCUCCACGCCCUCCCACCCCAUGACGUUUCAUCGACGGACUCAUCUUCGGACCCACGCAUCACCGAGCUUCUCGACGCCUACGACGACGUGUUCGAAGGCCCGCACGGAGUAGUACCGGAUCGGCCCAUCCGCCACGAGAUCAUCCUCGAGGACGGGGCCGUACCUCCGCGCGGUUGCAUCUACCGAAUGAGUGAGGAAGAAAACGUCGGCCCUCUUCCACGCAUAGACGACCUUCUCGAACGGCUGGGCGGCGCCAAGUUCUUCUCCAAGCUGGACCUCAAGUCGGGAUAUCACCAACUCGAGAUUCGGAAGGAGGACCGCUAUAAGACUGCGUUUAAGACGCGAUAUGGGCAUUUCGAAUGGCUGGUUAUGCCAUUUGGCCUUACGAAUGCCCCGGCCACUUUCCAAGCAGCUAUGACAACGGAGUUCCGACACAUGCUGGAUCGAUUCGUACUUAUCUACCUCGACGACAUCCUGGUGUACAGCCGGAGUUUGGACGAGCAUGUGGAACACUUGCGCACCGUUUUGGAGCGGCUACGACAAACCAAGUACAAAGCCAACCGCGACAAAUGCGAAUUCGUGCGGCACGAGCUGGAGUACUUGGGACAGUAUGUGACGCCGCAAGGCAUCCGUCCGCUUGCGAACAAGAUCGAGGCCCUCCGCGUAUGGCCCGAGCCCACCAACACCACGGACGUCCGUUCAUUCAUGGGGUUGGCGGGCUACUAUCAGCGAUUCAUCACCAGAUACUCAAGGAUUGUUGCACCUAUGACGAGAUUACAAUCGCCAAAGGUGCCAUUCGUAUUCAAUGACGACACGCGCCGGUCAUUCGAAGCACUUAAGACGACCAUGCUCAUGGCACCCGUCCUUAGCAUCUAUGACCCCACCCUGCCUACGAGAGUGACAACUGACGCUUCCGGCUAUGGCAUUGGGGCAGUCUUGGAACAACACGACGGCGUCGACUGGCACCCUGUGGAGUAUUUCAGCCACAAAGUGCCUCCCAUCAACUCGCUUGAUGAUGCAAGGAAGGAGUUGCUCUCGUCCGUGAUGGCUCUCAAGCGAUGGCGGCACUUCCUCCUUGGGCGUCGUAGGUUCACAUGGGUUACAAACAACAACCCACUGACUUACUACAAGACGCAGGAUACGGUGAGCAGCACGAUCGGAUGAUGGAUGUACUUCAUCGACCAAUUUGACUUCACACCGAAACAUAUUCCCGACCUCUCCAAUCGCGCAGCAGAUGCACUCUCGCGA